CAGAGCAGAGGUACCGCAGGGUCCGGGUCGAGACGGUGAAUCUGACUCACUUUCACUCCGCAUCUCCGAGCUCGAGCCCUCACGCCAACUCAACCGUCAGUGACGUCUGCGUCACGUGUGCGUCUCUUCCCUCGGUACGUCCGUCGUAUUUUCCUCCCCUCCGCUGUCUGCUCCAACGCCGAGACGGAGCAGAGCCGAGGCGAGCCUGGCGAAUUAAACACGAACCCAAGACAGAGCGUCGGUGUCCGGACGCCGGGUGUCGCGUUUGUCUGCAGCCGAUGGACGGAGGGGUCUUACACCUAUAAGUUGCCAUCAGUGAAGUCCGUUAGUGGCUCCUGUGUGAGCCCGUAUCAAUGUAAACUUUUUCUUUUUUUUUUUUAAAGAACGUUCACUGCGCACAGUGAGACCCAACAAGGCGAGCAGUCCAGUUUAAAUCCAUGCAGCAGCAGCAGCCACAGUGGUGCAGCCCACGCAGCCCAUCCUCUCCCUGACCCGAGGAGCAGCCCACAUUGACACUCAGGGAUCCGAGGGAAGGAAGGACGACGUAGGAACGCUGAUUCUACUGAAACCUCUGCAGAGAAUCACUCGGGGACUUAUGGAAGAGCCUGUCUACUCUCCUUCCCCCAUGUCUGGUCGAUAGUGAAGGAGGAAUCCAUCUUCUCUCUCUCAGCCCCUCAGCCAUUUGACCCCCCACCUCCUUUCCCUCUGGUCUCACCAUGGCCAGCAAAAGGAAGUCCACUACACCCUGCAUGAUCCCCAGUAAGGUCAUCCGCUCUGUGGAGGAGGCGGAGCGGGACUCUCCGGUUCCGCUCCGUCACUCCAGGGUUUCUGGAGGUGGCAGACGCAGCCCUCUGGACGCCAGCGGUGACCCAAAACAGGAGGCGGGGGAUGCAGAUAAGGACGGUGGCGGCGGCACUUACACUUGCAAGCUGUGCAAUUUUGAAACUCACGACCUCAACCUGUUCCUAGAUCAUGUCUACACGGGGCAUCCGGACUUUAGGGCGGACCCUGGUUUCGUCUGCAUGAGCUGCGGCGUAUCUGCGCCAAAGUUUGAGGGGCUAGCUCUGCACAACGCCAGGGUCCACCCUAGCACUUUGAUUACGACCCUGCAGCUGAGGAGGAGGGAGAGGAGGGCAGUGGUGGAGCAGAACCUGGUGAUAGGGGCAGAGCUGUGCAGGGACAGUGAAAUCUCCAUCACUAAGACGCCAAUCAUGAGGAUGCUGAGGGGCAAAUCUGAACCCAAAAGGAUUGUGGUGUCUCACUCUGUGUCAGAUGAGCCCGCCUCAGACAUGCAUUCUGCCUCCAUAUCCAGGGAAUCUGAAAGAAAAGAAUCUUCUGCUGUUACAGUCACCCACGUCUCCACAAUCGUCCACAACGGAACGAGCAAGACCACCCUGCCCUCGGCGAUCCAGAUUGUCAACGGCUCUACGGGGUUACCCCUACUGAAGACUCCCAUCACACAGGUUGUUUCUGUAGCUCAGAACCGAAGUCUUCACCAUUCAGCACCUAUCACAGCUUCCUCUACUGCUUCUUCAUCCUCAUCCUCGCAAAAUCUUCCCAAGGUAAUGAUCCCUCUGAGCAGCAUCCCCACCUACAGUGCCUCCAUGGACUCCUCCUCCUUCCUGAAAACCUCUUUCAGCAAGUUUCCGUACCCCACCAAGGCAGAGCUGUGCUACCUGACCGUCGUCACCAAAUUCCCCGAGGAGCAGAUCAAGAUCUGGUUCACCGCUCAGCGACUGAAGCAAGGCAUCAGCUGGUCCCCGGAGGAGAUCGAGGAGGCAAGGAGGAAGAUGUUCAACACCAUCAUCCAGACGGCGCCGGUCGGCUCCCAGAACCAAACCCAGAGUCACCACAGCCAGGCGCCACACACCAUCACAGUGCUGCCCGCCUCCCUGGGGCCCACCGGGAUCCCUCAGUUCCUGCAGGGGUCUCUUGUCAGCCCAGGCGGCGUAAUUGUCACGCAGCCUGUUGUGGCAAACGGAAUCCAGGUCAGCAGUGCCCCCGUGGCCCUGGCGGUCACGCCGAAGCCCCAGGCGGCGGCUCGGCCCACAAUGCAGGCCCGACCUGCCGCCGCUCUGGUGGCAGAUAAAAGCCCCAGCAUGCUGGUUGGAACGGUGGGCAGCAGUAAAGCUGUGGGAGGGGGCACCAGCAGUACCAGCAACACUGAGGGCGGUGUCAUCAACCUUAGUCUUGGAAGCAGUAGUCAUAGCAACGCUAAGGGGAGCAGUGUCAAUGGUAAACAUGGCAGUCCUAAUGCUAACUCCAGCGAGAAAAACAGCAGUGAUGUUAGCAGCCGUGCUAGCGCCAGAAACACAGACAGUAAACCUGACAGUGGCGGGGGUGGGGGAGGUUCGGUGCAGAUGGACAGUAAGACCCCCACAGAAAACAAAACUGUCAUCAGCAGUUGUGAAAACCUGAAGAGCAAAGAUGCUAAUGGUAGCAGCAACCAUCACAAUCUGGCCAGUGCAGGAACUGAGGAAGCAGAUCCUUCUGGUUGUGACUCUCCAACCAUCAAAAUGGAGGAUCCUUCAUCCCCCAUCUCCAAGUCCUCCUCCCCCACUCCUGCAGGUCCAGGCAGCAGCUCCGGCUCCCGGACCCCCUCCAGCACCUUCCUGGACCCCAGCUUUUACAAAGGCAAGAAGUCCCAGGAGCAGCUCAGUACCCUGAAGGACAGCUUCCUGGUGAGCCAGUGGCCCGACCAGGAGGAGGUCGACCGCCUCAUCGGCCUCACCGGCCUCACGGUGCGCGAGGUCCGCAAGUGGUUCAGCGACAGACGCUAUCACUUCCGCAACUGCAAGAGCUCCCGCUCCAGCACAGGUGGGCAGAGUAAGCCCAGUGCUGGAGCGGGGAACGGCGGAGGUACGCCUGGUAGCAGCGCCGCCGCCUCCGGCUGUAACGCCCCCGUUGAUCUGUCGGAAAGUAGCAGCAGCAACUCUGGUGCCAAAACUCCCCAGCACAGCUCCAGCACCGCCACCCAGAGCCCUCCGCCAACGCAGACCCCCACAUCGCCCACCGCUCCUUCCAAGAGGCUCUUCAGGUUACACUCACCUGAUUUCACAGCCGUCCGCUACAAGGAGAGAGACCCCCACCAGGUGAUCGCCCUUGAGGCCAGCUUUGCCCAGAACACCGACCCGUCAGGAGAAGAAGUGGACAGGCUGCGCUCUGAGACCAAGAUGACUCGGCGGGAGAUACACGGCUGGUUUGCCGAGAAGAGGAAGCGAGUGGCUGCUGAGAAGAAGAAGGAGGAGGCGGAGCGGAAGCCGAAGGAGGACGAGGAGGAGAUGGAGGUGGAUGGAGAAGAGAGGCAGAGGGAUGACGGUUCAGGGGAACCGAAAGUGAACCCCAUCAAAAUAAAUCUGAAGAUGCUGAAGGUGACCGAGGCUAGCAGUAAAGCAGAGGGGGAGGGAUCUGGUAGCACGAGCUCUCAGCCUGGCAGCACGCCUGCCUCCACCCAGGGCCCCACCUCUUCCACCACCACUAAACCUUCCCAACCUUCCACCCCAACACAGAAAACCUCCCACUCCCCCAAACCCACAACCGUCCGAGGGAAGAAGACGGCGGAGCAGCUCCACCUGCUAAAGCAAGUCUACGCCCGAACCCAGUGGCCCAGCGCCACUCAGUACGAUGAGCUCAUCUCAGGAACAGGGCUGCCCAGACCUGAGGUGGUGCGCUGGUUCGGGGACUCCCGCUACGUCCAGAAGAACGGCCUGCUGAAGUGGCUGGAGGAGUACCAGAACCUGGCCCUGGAGGAGGAGCUGCAGAGGGACGGCUCCAAGGUCCUGCAGGACCAUCUGGACGCCAACGGCAGGCUGGACGACUCCCAGAUAAAGGAUCUGGCUGAGAAAACUGGUCUGACGGGCGACUUGGUGCGGCAUUGGUUCUCUACCAGGGGAGCGAUCCCCGACGCUAAGCAAAGCGCCGCACAGCGGGCGGGAACAGACGCCGUCGGCGCAGAGGAAGCAGCUGCGGCGCCGACAGGAUCCUCGGCUCUGGAGCCACAGCCGGGCGGCGGGACGGAGGAGAAGAUGGAGCAGUCGGUGUGUGGGGCGGAGGCUGACGCCGACAGCUCUGCUACAGGAAGUGAAGAGGUCUUAGUGUGAGGACAGAGUUCACAAGGCAGGUGGUCUUUGUUCCGGCAGGACAGCAGAUGGUUUGUAACUGGAUCAGUGGUUUGAAACUGACCCCAGAUCCGUCAUCUCCCUCUACUAGAGACGGACACUACAGCCAGCCCUCGGUCCCUCCGUGUGCCAUGUGACGCCAUCAUCCCGGUUUUACUUGAUGACCACAUGUUUGGUGGACUGAGGUCUGACCAUGAGUGACGGGAAGUUUGUCAUCAAGUCGUCGCCGCCGGGCGUUUGCCAAGGCCAUAGAUGAACUUUUUGUUUCCCAGUCUUGCUCUUUCUGCUCAGCUAAACGUCCAAACUCUGCUGCUCUCGGUGCGUCUUCGUCGCUCCUUGAAUGCGUUUCCUCUGCUUGGAUCGGACGGACUUUAGUCUGGGAGACGUUUGGAGUGAAGGCGGGCAUCCUGUGACGCCCAAAGGAAUGGGACGAUGUGCUAAAACCACGUGGAGUUCGGAUCUUCUGGUAGCAUCAAGUGCUUCUCUAUGUCUCGUUUGUUUUUAUGAAUCUGUCUUAGGAAUAAAUGCGAAAGAUCAGAACUUUUACCACAGUUCCAUACUUAUGCUCGAUGUACAAUUUUUACAGAUGCAUUUGGAGAAUAAACAACCGAAUGUAAUGAA